AUGUCGGGCUCAACUCCAAACCAGUACGUCAUGGCACCGGAUCGCCAUGCGGAGGUGAACGAUCGAACCCUCAGGUUCUCCGAGGACGGUACUUUCCAGAUCUCUGUCUUUGAGGAUUUGCAUUUCGCCGAGGAUGCCUCGAAGGAUGUCAAGUCCAAAGGUGUUAUGAAUUAUAUCCUCGAGAAGGAACCUUCAGAGCUCGUUGUAAUAAACGGGGACUUGGUCUCUGGUGAAUUCACAAAAGCUUCCAACUCUAGUGAAUAUGUCCACGAGGUCGUGUCCCCUUUGGUCGAUAAGGGUAAAUUGUGGGCUUCGACGUACGGAAACCACGACUCGAACACGAAUCUUUCUCCCCGACUGGAUGUUUAUGAUCAAGAGAAGAAAUAUCCCAACAGCCUUACUCAGAGAAAAGUUUUCGCGCCCAAGGCUGGAAUUACAAAUUACUAUCUGCCCGUCUAUUCCCACAAGGCUCCGGAGAGCAGCACCCCGGCACUCAUCUUGUGGUUUUUCGAUUCAAGGGGGGGAAGUUAUGCCACAAAUCGCGAUAAAGGCGUCAGCCCUGGGCCUAGAGGCGACUGGAUUGAUAAAUCCGUUGUCGAUUGGUUCACGGAAGCAAAGAAGCACUUGUCCGCUGAGUACAGCCACACCAUUCCGUCGCUCGCAUUCUUCCAUAUCCCCGCUCACGCCAUGCUUAAAUACCAACAAGAUGGGUUCGAUUCUCGACGCACCCCCGGAAUUAACGGUGAGAAAGUGGUGUCGCAAGGCUCCAUGGACACCGCCUACUCGGGACAAGAUCGCCGGUUCAUGGAGUCCCUUUUGAAUACCACCGGUCUGAUGGCUACUUUCAGUGGUCACGAUCAUAAAAAUGAUUGGUGUUUCAAAUGGGACGGUCAUACUGUUGACCAGGACCUGAAGGGUAAUGGAAUUAAUAUGUGCUACGGUCGGCACACUGGAUACGGAGGUUAUGGAGACGCAACCCGUGGUGCACGUCAGAUUCUCCUGGAUCAAGAGACGAUGAAGGAUGAAGUCAAGACCUGGAUUCGGCUGGAAGAUGGCACGAUUUCGGCCCCGGUCACGCUCAAUGCGACAUACGGACAGGAUAAGUAUGCUAAGGUGAAUCAUAAGAGAUCUUUCGAGAGUUCGGGAGCGCCUGGGUUCCAUGAUCACUCGGCUUUGCUUAUGAUGAUCUGUUUCUGGCUUCCGAUCUUGUCAAUGUACUUGAGACGUUGA